GAUUGACUUGGACUGCGAACGAUGUAGUGGGUGUGUGUGUCCAACGAGCCCUCCUUGGCACCACCAGCUCCGUCCCUUGUCACGUACAAGAGAUUUGUCGACACGUUGUAUCCAUAUCAAAGCAUGCACGGCGAAGCGGACGCGUUGAACCACGUUAAGGCUUUCAACAAAGCACAAAAGAAGAAGCGGACAGCGCUGCAAUCGGCCUUCACAAGCGGACCAGGCUAUCCCAUUGCUGCGGCGUACGACCACGUGCUCUCGAGUCUAUACUUUCCCGACGGACCCCUUCGCAAUGCCGCCAAGGCUGCUGCUGCAACUAUGGCGGACUGUGGGCUCAAGGAAGCGUGGGGCGACGGUCGAUAUUACAUCUUGCCGUCCUUCCUGCACUUGCUCUUUCACAUUGAACACCACCCGACGGUCGACGUCAAGGUCGUGUUUCGCACGUUUGGCCAAGACAUUGUCGAAGUUGCCAACGAAAUCAAUUUUCUCGUUGAAGGGCGGCACCCAUUAUUCCCUGGGAGAUAUCUGUCGCCGUCGAUGCGACUUGAGCCCCCAUAUGCCACGUUUUACCGCGAUGGUUUUGGCGCCGAUGGGACCGUCUUGGCACUCAACACGUUGGAGAAAGUCCCAUUUCAAGCAUCCAAUACCGCCAACUCGCCCGCGGAAUUUUACGCCUCUUCGAUCGAACCUGCUGUGUCAAUCGUCCGGGGCUUCAAUGCCGUCCACUCAACUAUUCAAACGAUGCUCUCGACGCGGUCCGUGAUUGCCUUGCGAGACUAUUGGGAGUGGUGGAGCACCCACGCCGAACACGCCGAAUAUGGCAAGCUGCUCCUGGUCGACCCUGCGUUUCCGUCAGUCUUUUUCGACGAUCACGUUGAAGAAACAGACGCCCAUAUUGUGGACGUGCGCGACGUUCAAACUGGCGUCGUCGUUCCGUUUCCAGUCGCCAAGGAGCAUUUUCUCCGUCGAGUGGAGCCGUACUAUGCCAUCACUGACCCAACUUACUACACCGCUCUCGUCGACGCGCUUAUCGCGUGAAGGCGGCGUGUAGAGUCAUGGCCGAUCUGCCGUCAAACACGACCAUCUCCGUAGCGGAAGAGCGAGUCGAAGGAUGAAUUUCGUCACGUCUCGAGUUCCAUGGCACGUCACGUCGCCUUUGUUCGCGAGCGCCUGUGAGCCACUGAGCUCGCGUACCGCCCUCGGCCAUGCCCACGUCGAAAAGCCCUUAUAUCUUGCUCGCGAGUCCACGAAAGUACUACCCAGAUGUGCAGCC